CACCAGCAGAAGAGCGACAACCGUGGAGAAGGCUAGUCACGCGGGAUCUUGUCUCCAUAAUAAACAACUGUGGUUGGCUAACAUUGGACUUUCGACCCCAAGCAUCAUCACAGGCAGCAGUUCUGGGCCUUGUAACAAUGAGUUUAUUGACGUCAGAAGGAAAACAGAAAGCGGGCAAACUUCUCCUUUCUUCCCGAGGAGCGAAGACGGCAUCUUUCAGGGAUUUUCUUUAUGAAAGUUUUUUAAGCAUUGAAGACAAUCUAUAUGGUGCUGAUUCAAAUCCUCAGGUAAGUUGAUCAUUUUAUUUUGUCAUCUAGCUGUAUAUUUCUCCUUCAGUGGAUGAGGUGCCUGUGUAAUGUGCACUACUGUUUCCAACCUUCUACGUUGACGUCCUUGGGUUUCCAGUACCUCUUUACUUGGGCUGUACUCCAUAAAAUGGUAAUUAACACCUCUCGCUCCUAGGAAGAUAUCUAGAUAAGGAACUGAGUUGAGUGGCUUUAAGUAACAUGUCUCGCGCAAGGUUCCUCUCUGAUUUUAUUACAGUUAUGUCAUCACUCUGCGUUGUUGUUGUGGUACCUUACUCAUGUGGGGUCAGUCUACUCAUCCUAUUAAACAAUAUACUUUAGAGUGUUUCAGCUGCUGUCGUCUCUCACCAGGGCAUAGUGAACAUGAGCACAUCAAUUAGUUGCUUAAUGGAGGAUGAGAUUACCAGUAGACUGAUGCAGGGAGAUGCCUUCAACGUCUUGUCUCUCCACCACCACUACUUCACUUUUUCUGGAACUGGCGAGGCAAAGAUCUCACUGACAGACUUUCUCAACAGACACUUUCAUCCUGUGAAGCCCAUCUUGCCCAACAAUGUAAAGUGGCAUAGAGAGGUAACUGUGUUCUCCCCGCAGAUAAUAAUAGCAAAUGGAGUAACGUCGUGUUUGGAUGCCUUGGGUCACGUUCUCUGUGACCCGGGUGAUGUCAACAUAACACCAACGCCAGUAUAUUCUCACAUCGUCACAGAAUUUCGUGACGUUGCAGAUGUUUGUAUCGAGCCUCUGGUCUUGUCACAGGAGGAGAAUUCUGAGGGGAUGAAGUUUAGCUUAAGCGCUGAGGCUCUGGAAGAUCGCAUCUUGGAGCUACAAGAGGGAGGCCGCCGGGUCAAGGCCUUCAUCCUCCUCAACCCUCAGAACCCACUUGGCGACAUCUAUCCUCCAUCUCUUCUCACCCAACUACUGGAUGUCUGUGCCAGACACGAGCUGCACUUUAUAUGUGAUGAAAUUUAUGCAUUGUCUGUAUAUGGUGAAAAUGCAGUGUUCCAAAGUGUGCUCACGCUAGACCUACCUGACCCACGGCGCACACAUGUGUUGUGGGCAUUGAGUAAGGUUGGUAAUGUAGUAAUCAUGUUUAUAAUGACAUCUAGAGAAACAAAGAGAAGUCAUAUAAAUUUUUAGAGUGUUAGGAUAGAUAUUUUAAAGGGGUUUCAGUGUGUCCAUACAUUGGCGGGUUAGCUGUUGUACGGCAGGUGGGGGAUAGAGACACCGAGUUAUUUAAAAGAAGAGAAAUAGUCAAUAGUGUUGUUACCUAUCUUAAACUUUGAUGGUUAAAUACUUUAGUUUUCUCAGUGGAAAUGAUGAGAGCCAAGGUUCUCACAGCCUGACUGUACAAGGUUUAGGGUUGCUUGUAUUUCACUAUUAUUUCAGAACGUAUAAGAAUGGCCACAGGUGAUUGGCCACAGGUGAUUGGUUACAAGUGAUGAGCCACAGGUGAUGGGCCACAGGUGAUGGGCCACAGGUGAUUGACUACAAGUGAUGGGCCACAGGUGAUGGGCCACAGGUGAUGGGCCACAGGUGAUUGACUACAAGUGAUGGGCCACAGGUGAUGGGCCACAGGUGAUGGGCCACAGGUGAUUGGCCACAGGUGAUUGGCUACAAGUGAUGGGCCACAGGUGAUGGGCCAUUUGAAGUUGAUGGAAUUCUAAUACAAAGUUCAUCAUAACAGGACUUAGGUGUUUCUGGGUUUCGUGUAGGAGUGAUGAAGUGCUCUCAUCUCUCGCCCCUGUCAUGGCCUUCAAGAAUGUUCCAGCCAUCGUCCAUUAAGCUGCGGCCACACUCUUAAAUGAUACAGUUUGGUGUGACGAAUUUUACCUCCCUACCUACAAGAAACGGAUUACUGGGAGUUACCUGUUUGCACGUAGACGCUUGGAGGAGAUGGGAGUGACGGUCAAGACAUCUCAAGCUGGUCUGUUCUUGUGGUUCAGCGUUCAGCCCUUCCUGUGUCACCCCACUGAAGAGGAGGAGAUGAAAUUGUAACACGAGCUGUUAGAUGCAGGGCUGUCCAUAGUACCCGGGACACUUAUGUAUUGUACUGUGCCAGGCUGGAUGAGGCUGGUCUUCACUGUCAGACCACCAGAACUUGAAGAAGGUGAGUCAUAGUGGUGUCAGGAUAGUGUACUAUAUAUACACAGUAACGUCUACUUUCUUUUGACAAACUAAGAUCCCCCAAAAUAUGUUGAAAUUCCAUUCUACAGAACCUCGCUCUACUCAUUUGUUUUAGCUUGGAUUAGCACUUGCUAUCAUAGAAUGUUUCUCCUGUGUUAUAAAAUCUUAAUCGGUUAAGAUAAUUCUGUUUCGAAUGUCUUUAAUCUUUGACAACAUCCUUUUCAUGAUAAUCUUCACUAUUUCAUGUACAGUGAUGCAAGUUCAAAACCCUCACACUAUCUUGAUCCUCCAAUAUUACAGUAUUCCAAAUUAUAUUUUUCCUACCGACCAUAAUCUGCAUACUGGUAUGCAAGUACUGUAUACAGUACACAAUACACAGACAAGGCCAGUAUACAGUGUACAGUACACAGACCAAGCCACAUCGCUACCUCAAGUUUAUCACAGAGUAAAUACAAUGAGUAAAAAGAUACGAAAAUAACAAUUCAACCAAUAUUAUCACAUUUACCGUGCGGUACACUCACGGUCAAGAGUUCGCGCCCUCCCAAACUAAAGCAGCAUCGACUCCAAACAUGGGCGUCCGCACCCCAUUGGAAAAUUAGAAAUGUUCUUUUAUCGCAGUUUUUGUUCACAAUAUGUGUAUCAUACACAUAGGGUUAACGAACAUCAUACACAGUGUAUGAUGUUCGUUAACCCUAUAAUAGUUUUAGUGAUUAAUAAUUUGGUGAUAACACUGAGUGAUAUUGCUCAUCAUACAAUACUCGAAAGUAACUAUAUUAUUCUUGCGCAUACUUUUAUAUGGAUUUAUGUGUUCAUGUUUUGAAUAAAAUGAUAUGUCAGAUCUUGUCUUGCUUUCUACCUCACCUUCUGGCAAAGAAAUAUUUCGGACGUCUAUGUUUGCGUAACAGAGGGCCAAUACAUGCCCACAGUGCCUAACACAGACGUGAACUACCCCCGGAUAACAGACCGAGGAGUAGCAAAGAGGAUAAAAUAAAAUAUAGCAAACAAAAAUGGUUAUAUCUUACAACCAUAAUAAAAAAAGUACAGUAUUGAGGUUCUCCCAUGUAAAGUUCCAUUUUCUUUUAUAGCAACAGAAAAUGGAAGUAAAUAAACAGUUUCAUGAAUGAGUUUAAAUGGGGAGCUUAAUGACUUUGAAUGAGUUUAAAGGCGUUACUGUAGUAUUAAAGAGACCAACCGGGCAUAACUUUAAUUAACUGCAUAAGAAUAACAACAAUAAGAAAGUUUUCGUUUUUUUAAUAUACUUAAAAUCAUCAAAACAAUAAAUAUAGGAAAAAAAUCAAGAAAAUCCACAAAUUCCUUCU